GGUGGUGGUAGUGCGAAGUUAACAGAAGGAAAACCAGCAGUGUGUGAAAUUGCACGCUAACGACGAAUGAGCCUUGUCCUGAUAAUUCAUGGAUGAAUUAUCGAUCAUAAUGUGAGCUAUUUCUCCGAAGGAAUCCUUUGGAUUAUGGUGGAGGCGACUGGAAAAUUGUGAAACUGCUUCCUUUGGGGAAAAUGAUGAGAACAGUUUCAGAAAAGCCACCUUUGGCCCCCAAGCCAAAAGUCGCCCAGAAACUCAAGCUGAAGCCCCCACCUGUUGCACCCAAGCCAGACGGUCCUUCACUGUGCACUUCUCCAGAGACGAAAAGAACCAAGCCGCCCAUUGCACCGAAACCAUGUCUUUCACAAAACUGCAGCAGCUCCGUACAAGCUCCGGCUUCAAAGACUGGUUCUUCUGCAUUGACACACGAGAAGCUGGAUACUGUGAACAAUGUUGGCCUGUUAAAUUCAAGAAAUUGUGUGCGUGUAGGGACAAAGAAACCAGAGUGGGAUUACAUAAUCCCAAUUUGUGUGUGCAAUCGAGACAGUUGUCUACAGUGCACGCCAAAAGAGAACAGCAAACAAGCAAUAAUAACAAAUGGUGGAGAUCCUGCAAGGUGCCAGUUGAACGGGACAAGUGAAGGAUUGAAAAAGCCUCCAAUAAGGCGGCAAAAUAGUCCUGACAAAGACUUAUGUGCACCUGACACCAAAAAGGAUCAACUCGGUAAGAAUACAAAUGGCACCUGCACAAAAUCUCCCACCAUCCUCAGUGACAGUAAUCACCUUCCAAGAGCUCCAAAACCAGAGCAGGUGGGCACUGUUGAGAAGCUCAUCAACAAACUCAGUGCAUGUCAGAGGGGUGUGGAGUCCAGACCUAAACCCACUCCUCCUCAAGUGCAAAGGAGUAAAGAAAUCAACGGGGACACUCAGCGUCCACAUUCAUGGGCCCCUGUAGAACUCUCAGACAGUCACGGGUUACCAUCCGUGUCCACUAGCACAAAGAAUAUUAACCUCAAAGAUGCCCCUGGGCGCUCUCCUGCCAUCCCAGCUGCCCCGCAGAAGGCACUGCCAGUACCAGUGCCCAGGAAGUCAUGGUUGAUCCUCCCAGGUGGUCUUGAGGUCAAAGACGAGAGCAGAACGUCCAGCAAUGUGGAUCUUUCAGAGAAAGCAUCAGCAGAUUUGAAUGACAGUGAUGACAUCUAUGAAACGGUUGAUGCUGACUAUGUGGAUUUACAAGAGCCGGUGCCUGCUUUGAGGAAAAACUUUCUACACAGGCCUGCACAGAAUGGGCAAAGGGACCGGGAUUACUAUGAAUCGACUGAGUAUUCAGUAGAUAAUGACAAUGACAUUGAGGAGGAAGGUGAGCACUCUGGCUCGGUUUUCAAACCCAAACAGCCAAAGCUCUCCAACCCUGUCACCGUGGCAAGGAGUAAGAGUUCAGUCCAUCAAUGGUCACCAAAGCCAUCCCAGGGAAGGCAACUACAUCCAUCAUACAUCUUCUCCCCGAAAAUAAAGAGAGAGGAGCAAGCAGCUAAAGACAACCAGAAAUGUCUGAGUAGCACUCCCCCAAAAGACAUGGAUGGUAAAAACAAGUCUAGUGGAAAGCAAGUGUCUAAUUUCAGUCCUGGCAACACAAAGGGGAAACGGUUUGGCCAGGGUCUGAUACCCAGAGCCAAGUCCUUCACAUCCGUGGAUCUGCUUCGCCCAGAUGGAAACAAGAAAAUCACCUUCCGGAAGUUCCUGGACAUCAACAUCUCUGUCAAGAAGCUGCCCAAGAUGUUGACCAAACGGGGAUCAGUUGCGGAAUGCUCAUCAGUGGAUAUGGAGGAGUCAGUGGAUGCGGACGUGGAAGGAGAAGGAAGCCCCACUCCUGUGAAGGCCAAACCAGUGGCCGGGGCACGAAAGUUCUCCUGUCCAAUUAUCAGCACGGAGCAGAGCGUGGACGGGGAUGAGUUCUUCCCAGGAGCAGAGGAUGCCGUGGAGUACGAGAACUUCCCAAUCUAUGAGGACAUUCCAGAAUACAUGAACAUUCCGAACUCGAAAGCUCCAGCGAAGACUUCAGCUCCGUCCUCGACCUCAGAGAGAUGGCCCAAUGCCUCCUGGACCAAAUCUGAGGAGAGCCUCUAUGAAGAGCAGGAGAUUUACGAGCCCAUUGGAGAGUAUGUGGAUGAUGUGCCAGAGCACAAUGGAUAUGAGAGGGACAGUGUGGAGUACGAUGUGGACCAUUCUGAGGAGGAGGCGUAUCCCACUUCUGAGGACGAGGAUGACAGGAACUCUGACUCCAGUAAAGAGGAACAUGAGGGUAGUCAGCAUGCUGGGGGAACCAAGAAGAACAAGGUGGCUCAUAUUGCCAGGGAAAUAAUGAGUUCAGAAAAAGUGUUUGUGGACGUCCUGAAGCUGCUCAAUACCGAUUUCCGAGAUGCCGUAGCUCAGGCGUCUCAGCAGGCGGGGAAGCCGGUAAUUGAGGAUCGGACCUUAAACCAGAUCCUGUACGAUCUACCUCAGCUCUACGAGCUCAACCAGGACCUGCUCAGAGAGCUCGAGGAACGCGUGGCACGAUGGGAUCAACAGUGCCAGGUGGCUGACAUCUUUGUGAAGAAAGGGCCGUAUCUGAAAAUGUACUCCAUGUAUAUCAGGGAGUUCGACAAGAAUGUGGCCCUGCUAGAUGAGCAGUGCCGGAAGAACUCAAGCUUCGCCGCCGUCGUGAGGGAAUUUGAAGCAAGUCCACGUUGUGCAAACUUAGCACUGAAGCAUUACCUACUGAAACCCAUUCAGAGGAUACCACAGUACCAACUCCUGCUCACAGAGUAUUUGAAGAAUCUCACAGAAGAAUCUUCAGACUUCAAAGAUACACAAGCUGCUUUGAAUAUUGUGAAGGAGGUGGCGAAUCAUGCUAACGACAUCAUGAAACAGGGGGACAAUUUCCAGAAACUCAUGCAGGUGCAGUGCAGGCUAACUGGUCAUCACGAGGUGGUCCAGCCUGGCAGGGUGUUCCUAAAGGAGGGUAUACUGAUGAAGCUUUCAAGGAAAGUCAUGCAGCCCCGUAUGUUUUUCCUGUUCAAUGAUGUCUUGUUGUACACAACUCCGGUCCAGUCGGGCCAGUUUAAGUUCAACAACACUCUUUCUCUGGCAGGAAUGAAGGUCACGAAGCCCAGUCAGGAAGGAUACCAAAAUGAGCUGAACAUUGAGAGUGUUGAACGCUCCUUCAUCCUGUCCGCAAGUUCUGAGGCAGAGCGGGAUGCCUGGUUGGAGGCCAUCUUGAGUGCUAUUGCGGAACACACCAAGAACAUGAUCACCUUCAUCACGAGCAAGGAUGAGGUGGACGGGCUGGGUUCCAAGGCUCCAAUCUGGAUCCCUGACCCGCGUGCUACUAUGUGUAUGAUCUGCACCUGUGAGUUCACACUCACCUGGAGGCGUCACCACUGUAGAGCCUGCGGAAAGGUGGUAUGUCAGAACUGUUCAUCUAACAAACAUCAGCUGGAGUAUCUGAAGAAUCAGCUGGCACGAGUGUGCGACCAGUGCUUUGACACGCUACAGAAGAGGACAUCAGAGCAGAAACGUGGCCUAGAUGUGAAAGGUGACCAGGUGCAGAGCAACACUCCCAAUGGCAAGUCCCCAAGUGCCUUCCCAUUCAGACUGACGAAGAGGAUCCCUGCCGCGCUGAUGGAGGUGUCUGCAAACACAGAUGACUCGUCGAUGAGUGGCUACCUGGAGAGGUCAAAGGGCAAUAGGAAGCCAUGGAAACGCUUUUGGUUUGUCAUCAAGGAUAAGGUCCUGUACACGUACGCUGCGAGUGAGGAUGUUGCUGCUCUAGAGAGCCAGCCCCUUCUGGGCUUCUGUCUGAGAGCGGAGAAACCCGGCCAAUCACAGAGCAGUCUGCAGUUGAAGCUCUACCACAAAGACACCCUCUACUACGUCUUCAAAGCAGAUGACAUCCACACACUGCAAAGAUGGACGGAGGCCUUCCAAGAAGCCAUGGUGCUGUAACCAAGACACUGUGUUUAUUUCACAGGGUCUUUCUUUAUCUUUGCUAAACACACCUUGUCAUAUGAGAUCUGUACAUCACGUGGUGUGGAGGUCAAACUAGUUUCUCCUGUCAAUUCCUGUUGCUCGUGAGAAAGUUUUACAUGUACACAUGAAGGGUGCGUUCCAAUAUGCAACCUUGCGUCCUCCACUUGUGCUUGCGGUCUCGUACUAGGAAGUAAUACGUCACGAUAACAUCACUGACAACAGCAUUAUAUUUCAAUAUUGCAAACUGGAUGGCGAAUGAAGAAUAGUCCCCCAAAAAUUAUUUUGGCUUGGCUGACAGCGGG